AUGGACGUGAAUAAAAAUGAAGAAAAAAACAUGAACUUGGACGAGCUGCAGGUGGAGGCUUCCUCCAAGGAGGAGGCGAUUCGGGUGUGCACCCGUAUAAGGCCCCUAUUCGAGAAGGAAAUCAACAGCGGCCACCUAAAAGCGUGGAAAAUGAACGAAACAGACAUGCAGCUAGUAGUCGAGCCGCUCUCCCUAACCGAGAUGCUCAACGCGAGGGUUCAGAAGAAGGGAAACAAAGUGGAAUUCAAGAAAAAUGUGGAAAAGUCGGAGGGGCAAAAGGCCGUCUUGCAGCGGUAUUACGCGUUCGACCGGUGCUUCGACGAAAACGUUGGCAAUGAGGAGGUGUACAAGCACCUAGCAAGAGACAUAGUUCUGGACACAUUUAAAGGAAUAAACGGGUGUAUCCUGGCUUACGGGCAGACGGGGUCAGGAAAGACACACAGUGUGAUGGGGGUACCCACGGACCCAGGUAUGCUGCCAAGAUCGCUGGCGGAAUUCUUCAACGGUAUCGAAAACCCAUCUUCCCUAAAUGAAGAUAAUAGUGACAGUACCAAUACGGAUGAAGAAUCCAAUAACAACACGAAAGAAUUUCUGAUGAGCGUAACUUACCUGGAAGUGUACAUGGAGAGGGUUAACGAUUUGCUACAGGAAGGAUACAGAGGUGGGGCAACUGAAAAUCUGGAUGUGAAGGAAGACCCCAAGAGGGGCUUCGUUGUGAUAGGAGUGCAGGAAGAAACAGUAACAUCUAUAGAUGAAGUAAUGCUUCUAGUUGCGAAGGCUGAACAGAGAAGACACAUUUCGCAGACCAAUUUUAACGAAACGUCUUCCAGAUCGCAUACUAUUUUUACGGUCAUAUUGGAGUCUAAUCAGGUGCUAAGUGAUGGCACAUCCAUUAACAAAAGGGGGGAACUGAAGAUAGUAGAUUUGGCUGGAAAUGAAAGAGCAGGAAGAGCAGCCGAAGGGAUAGAAAAUGCGAAGACGCUGAUAGAAGAGGGGAAGGCUAUUAAUAAAAGUUUGUUCGUUUUAAGUGAAGUCAUUUCCAAGUUGUCUAAAAGAGCCCAAGCAAUAGCAGCAGGAGAUGAAAAAAAAAUAAAAAAAAUUCAAGAAGAUUUAGUUUUCAUACCAUGGAGAGAUUCCAAAUUGACAAGAAUUUUGAGUAAAAGUUUGGGGGGCAAUUGUCGUGCUUCUGUAAUUGUGGCUGUCCAUCCGUCUCAUUUUUAUCUCGACACCUCCUUUUCUACCCUCCGUUUCGCAUUAAAGUGUAAGACAAUUAAGAAGAAGAUCCAAGUGAAUUACCUCUCAGCGGAGCAGUCAGUUAUUAUGCAGCAAAAGGAGUUGAUAGCCAAGCUGCAGAAUCAGCUGAAGAAUCUGGCAACGACUAAAAAUGUAGACAACCAUCUCAUAGGGGGGGAGAAAAACAAUGUAAGUGCUAGAAAUCCAGAAGAUGAUGAAAAAAUAUUAGCCCUAAAACAUGAGCUGGAAGAAAAAGUGAAGAAGUUCCAAAAUUUUAUCCUAAAGUCUGAGUUCCAUGUGCAUCCAAGUAACUACAGAACGUUGAGAUCUAUGGAUGGCAACACGGAAAAGUCGCUAAAACAUUCUAUGACCAUAAAUAACAACAUAAAAAAUGAAUACACAUGGCUGAGAUCCUUUGAUACGCAUGAGUAUGACUCCAAGUGGGAGGGGUUGGAUAAGUAUGAAGACCAGAACGAUCAGGAAAACAUUAACAUCUCCAAAGCUAUGGAUUAUUUGAAGAAUAAACCUCCAUAUAAAUUUAAUUCUUCCGAAAUGAGUGAAGACGCUAUGUCUAAUGAAUCUCAGAAGGAUGAUCUGAUUUCCCUCAAUUAUUAUAACGAAUUGGAAGAACUGGAACGCUUGGAGAAGAACGAGUUGAGUAGGAGGAAGAGGAGGGAGAAGGGGGAUGUCGCCACGGGGAACACUUCCGCUAAUAGGGUGUAUGGUGAACUCAGCAAGUUAAGCACCCUGGAAUACUCCAACCUGGUGGAUGAAGAAGACAAGGGAGAAGCUGUGAAAGGGAAAAGGACCAAGAAGAAGAAGGGGAAAAAAGCCAACAAUGCAGAUGUUCUGAACAGGGAUGUGACUGAUUCAUGUAAGGGGAAGGAGAAAGAUAAGCCGAAGGGAAGGGGAAACAAAGUUGGGACACACCACCUGAGGAAGAAAAAAACGGUCAACGAUGGGAAGUUCAAAAGAGGGUCCUUUGGUAAAGCGGCUGGCGUAAAAAGGGGGGGCAGCGAAGAAAAUGGCAAGAGCGAGGGAAGUGAACUCUCUGAGGGGAGUGACCCUGAUGACAGAAACGAUUCAAAUCAGCAGACCAACCUGGAGGGCAAUGACGUGCUUGAAAGGGAGACCAAGUGGGAGGGCGGAGCCGACCUGGUGAGACGGACCUCCUCCGUGAGCUUCGCCCAACCGAGGGAGCAGGACGAAAACGAAAAAAGGACCUCCAUCAUUUCCAACCUGAAGGAAAAAAUUGAAGAAGACCUGAAGAAGAAAAAAAAAAUCAUCAGCAGGAAUGUCGAGCUGAACAAGCAAAUCAAAUUUAUUAUGAAGCUCAUGCAGAAGGUCGGUCUGUCUACCAUUCUAACAGGGACUGUACCACCAGGAAGGAACAUAGAAAAUGUGCUACAGCUGCAGGAGAAUUUGAGAGAAAAUCUGAAGUUAUGCGACGGGAAGAAGUCGAUGCAGUUGAUCAGUGGAGACAAGGACGAUUCGGCUGCAAGGCGUCAUCAUCUGAAUGGCCACGCCGUAGAAAUGGUGGAAGGGGAGGAAGAUCUGCUAAAUGGACCAUUCGACGACAACGAACAGGAAGCAGAGUACAAUGAGUCCAUAUCACACGUUUUCAUAAACGAAAUGUUUUUCUCCUUCGUUUUGAGAAUUCAACAGAGGGAUGACCCAAAUGGGGAAGGGUUAAAAAACGUAGAAGAGGUACUGAAGGGUGAAGAAAAACCAUAUGAUGUGUCGAAGAAGGCGCUGGAAGACAUACUCGGAAGCACCAUCGCAAGUAGGGUGGAUGACCAUGAGGAAGGGAACCAAACAAAGAAUGUAAAAGAUGAAAAGAGCAACAAAACCAUCGACUCCAUUCUGAGCAUGCUUACCCCAUGGGAACAGAAAAUAUUGGCCCUACUAUACGAACAACAGAAAAUGAGACAAACUGUCCAAAAAAUGAAGGAGAAAUUCUCACAGCGAAUUCAAAAUAUUAAUAUUUUCAUUAAAAAAAUAUUAACCGAUAAGGUAGAAGUGGAGAAACAUUUCAAUCGAAUUAUUAAGGCGACAGAAAAUUACAAAAAUGAUCUGCUGAAGACGGGCGAUGUAGAUUCUAACUUCAAGUUUGCAGGGAUGAUGAAGAAGCUAGAAGAGCUGUCCAUAGCGCUUGCAGAAAAAACCAGGGACUUCAAUGUCUUGGCGGAAUUUCACCUAAACUUGAGGAAACAAAUGGAGAAGAAGGAUUCGCUAAUUAAAGAACUACGGGAAGAGAACAAGCUGUUCUAUCUGGUCCCAAAGUAUAAUGACCUCCUACAGGAGUUAAGCGAGCAGGAUAAUCAAACCAGUGAGGCGGCCAAGGAACUGAAGAAGGAGUUCCUUCUCAUGUAUGGACGACUAAUGCUCUCCAGAAAGAGACUACAAGAAAAGGAAGUAAUCGAAAAUGACAUGCGAAAUUUGAAUAAAAAAAUUUACACCGAGUUGGUAGAGUCUAUAGCCAUCAUCAAAAAUCUGGAGUCGCAAAAUAGGUUCUUAGAAUUUAAGUUAAAUAUGGAGAAUAAGAAAAAGGUGGAGAAGGUGAAGAAGCUGAUGAGGGAGAAGGAGAUGCUCAAUAAGAUUGUAGGAGAGAUGGAGAAAAUGCUCGAGGAGGCCAACAUCGACGCCAGCGAGGUGAAGAAUGAAAUUAUGGCUAGCUACAAUAAUGGAAACAUCUCGAUCGGCGACGUGCAGAGUGAGGAAGACGGGGAGCAGCACGACAAGAGGAAGGACUCGGGGGCGAAAAGGAAGAAGCGGAAGGAGAAGGAAAAAGGAAAGGAAAAGAAAAUGAAAAAGGGAACGGAACAGGGGGGCAAAAAGGGAGGCAUGAUUCCCCGCAGAGUUGACGCGAAUGAUGAUGAUCCAAAUGGGACCCAAAAUGAUACCGAAAGGGACUCGAGGAAAAAAAGCACGCUUGAGGAAAUUGCGCUCAAGGGCAAAGCCCCCCCGAAGAGGCAACAAAAAAAGGAGGCAACUGUCAAUCGCGCAUAUUCAGCAGAAAAAAUCAUCAAAAAAUCUGUUAGCAGGAUAGACACCAAUUUGUCCCUCAAGAGAGUUGGCGUUAGAAAAGGGACCUCUCGGGAUAGAGGCGCUUCAAACGGUCUACGCGGUGUAAGUCGUUUGCGUGAAAGUGGGAAAGACAGCCCACUGGAAAAAAACGCCCAACUAGAAAUUAACAAAAAAAGUGUAAACAAGGUUAAAAAAAAAGUGGGCAACGACGUGGGGGAUGCAGGUACGUCUGAGAACCUUAAGUACAAAAAUAGCAUUGCCAAAAGAAUGGGGAAAAAAAAGAUACAAAAUAGCGAUUUAGAAGAAAUGAAACUUUUGGGCGACUUAUACCCCAGCAACAGCGUCGAAAAGAAGAGGAAGAAGAAAAAAAAAGUUGUUAAGGGGAAAAAAAGAAACCUGUUAAAAUACUUAAACAAAGGGGGCAGCAUCAGGGAUAAGGAGAAUAACGAAACGGUGCUCUCCGACGAAAAUGAAUUUCAGGACUACAAAAAUGGUAGCUCCACGACGGACUGCGAAGCGAACGAAAUGCGCAACAUACUGAACCAGGAAAUUGAGAAGAAAAAGAAAAUAAGCAAGUGA